AUUCCGCACAUCCUGCCUUUUAUUUGUGUGAGUGAAAAUGUAAUGAGAAAGAAAGGAAUGUGGUAAAUCCAUAUCAGGAUGUCAUUUGCCAGAGCUUUUGUUGUUUCAGCUCCUGCUGUUGCAGAGCGGUAAGGAUUUGUAGCUUGCUGGGGCCCAUUUCCUUAAUCAGAUGAUGGUACAGCAGAUUAUCCGCUCACCACUCCAUAUUGUUUCGGGGAAGAGUAUGUGAACAUCUGUAAAGGCUGGAAAACCUGGUAUUCCACUGUCCUGUCCUUAAGCUCUAAGACUGUCAUUAUCAUUAUUAUGAUUAUUAUAUACGUUUUUGAAAGUGCAUAGGACUGGAUUUGACCCGAGUAUAUACUGCUUGAAAACCUCAUUAUUACAGUUUGCUUUCGGUCUACACUUCUGGUGCAAAAGAUGAGACCACUUGCACAGAACUCACACACAGAUUAACACUAUGUUGGUGAAACACAAGGACAGACUAAAUUAAAAGUAAGGUAUAAAGUUAUCAUGGCAGCUAGCAACUGCAGAUUCUACAUCACUUCCAGCCAUGAAAAUCUCAAUUCUGUUUCCAACAGUAGCCACAAAUUAGGCUGCUGUUUUCUGUCCAAAAGCUCUUCAGGCAUCUUAUUUCCUGAACAUGUAACAUACUUAGAAAGACAAAGCAAACACAGCCUCAGGAAAAGCCACAGCAGUAAUGUUUAUCAAGCCCAAACUGAUGUCAGCAUCAGUGCUUCCUCAAAUUAUGUAGCAAACCCUGCUUUACACAUUAAUGCUACCAAUAAUAUUUGCCCUUCUACUAUGAAGAGUGAUGCUUCAGAAGGAAAUAAAGUUCAGCACAGCUUCAUUUUCUGUGAACAACCCCCAUUAACCUUGGAAAAUGAACAUUUUAAGGAUAAUUCUAAGACUAGUAUUCCAACCAGUUUCUCAUCUAUUGGUGAUAUGAAAACAAUGCUAACCAGAGAUGAAAGUAGAGACAGUAUGACAGUAACAAGAUGCAGGUUCCCAAGGAGUCACUCGGAUAUUAUCUGUAGUGGUUGCAAACAGAUAAAAUGUCAUGUUGCCAUGGCUCGCAGUGAAACCAGUUCUCUGUGCUCCGGAAUCUGUUCAUGUAACAGCUUUGAAGGUUCGGUGCCACAUGGGGUGCCUUUACAAAGGCAAAGCGAAACAUUCAAGGAGGAAAUGUGCAUGGCAUCUAUAACAAGUGCAAAUGACAUCCUAAGUUCUAGUAAAAAUCAAAGUUUUCCGGUAACUAGUUCUGGGAAUAACACAAUGCAACAUUAUGCAUUGGUCUGUACAUCUGGAACUCUUCAUCAAAAUUCUAUAGGCAAUAGGAUGUCUGCCAGUAUGUAUCUUGCCAAUGAAAUUAUGUUAAAAGACCAUAUUAGUGCAGUAUUUCCUGGAGGUAUGUCAUGUAAUGUUCCUUGUGCAAUGCAAGCCCAUGCUGUUAUGACCAAUUAUACUAAUAAUAUGUGCCAAAAUAAUGCAGUGCAUGAAACAUUUGCAUGGAUGGAUGAUACUAUCCCAGCUUAUUGUCAUUCCCUACCAAUUCCAUCAGUCAAACUGUUUCCUAGAAUAGUGAACUCAUUCAGUGAAUCUGGAAGGGAUCCAGCCAUACCUAAAUACCACAAUCUUUCUCCAGUGUCCAGUAUUCUAACCUUCCCCAAACUGGUGUCAUCUGUUAGUGAAUCAGGGUUAGACACAAAGCGCUUGAUGAAGUGCUGUGGAAUUCCUGGAGAAGUAUCAUUCCUCACACAGAAAGACAUUUUGAAUCAUAACUCUUCCAAAAAUGCAACUGAAAUGAGCAAGAUUUCAGAAUCCAUACCAAAUGCCCAAAGAACAAUGGAUAAGUGGACAAUGACCUCCAAUAUUGAUCUGCAAGCAGGAAUGUUCUGUUCUGUUGAUGUGAAGGAUGCCGAAGUGCAAACAGUCCCAUUCAUGAACUGCAGGUCAGUAGCUACAAGCCCCAUAUCAUCAGGUAGUUUAUUCCCCACUCACCUUUUCCCUGAAGUUACAUUAGAGACACAGCAGCCGCCUCAGCCUACACCUAUAAGAGAGGUGAAAUGGGAUGACGAGGGCAUGACGUGGGAAGUUUAUGGAGCAUCUGUAGACCCUGAAGUUCUUGGACUAGCUAUUCAGAAACACCUUGAGAUUCAAAUAGAGCAGCACCUCCUGAAUAGCACAGAAACCCAACCAGGUAAUAAUAAAGCCAUUAUAUUUGAUGAGGAGCAACCAUCUAAAGAAAUUAAGAAAGCAUCUUUCAGAAAUAUGCUGCAGACACUGAAACACCCAACAUGUUGCAUUCGUGCCAGUACAGUACUAGACUGACUUGUCUCUGCACAAAGCUCAGAGUGUCCUAAUUCCAGUAUAAUAUUCCAGUCUCACAAUGACUAGGUUUAGACAUCAAGAGGCACAGGUUAUACAGAAACAGUACUGAAUGUCAGCCAGCUGAUGGAACUCUUAUGGUUUUAUUAUGUUUAAUACUUUGUUUGUUUGUUUGUUUGUUUGUUUGUUUGUUUGGUGUUAUUAAAAUCAUGUGUGCUGUAUCUUCA